AAACCAAAAAUUCCAGAAGAAAUGGAAAGAACCGAGCAAAAGAAGAUUGAAGAAGGAAAAGUCUCUGCAAAGAGACUAUUGACUCUCUUUUGGUCCAUUUCCUUAUGUAAUCCAUGGCGUAUUCAUCAUCUAUCAACCCAACAACCCCCCUUUUGUUAUUUCAAAGAUUUUGACUUUCCGUUCACCUCAUUUUCCCCUUCUUAAAACACAGAUUUUCCCAGAAACCCAACUACGGAAAUCGCCCCAGAGUCAGAGAAAACUUGAAGGUUUUGUAGUUUGAAUUAUGGGAAAUUGUUGUGUUACCCCUGGUAAAUCUGCUAAGAAGAAGAAGGAUGAGAAGGAGAAGAGCAACAAACCAAAACCGAAUCUAUUUUCAGAUGUUCAUCGUACCAAACCGGAAUCCGGAGGUGCAAACACAUUUUACGUAUUGAAAAACCCAACGGGUCAUGACGUUGGUCAGCGGUACAAUCUCGGAAGAGAGCUAGGAAGGGGUGAAUUUGGGGUAACGUAUUUGUGUACGGAUUUGGAGUCUGGCGAAAGAUUUGCUUGCAAAUCAAUACUGAAGAAGAAACUUAGGACUUCAAUAGAUAUCGAGGAUGUGAGGAGAGAAGUUGAGAUCAUGAAGCAUUUGCCGAAGCAUCUGAAUCUCGUGGCCUUGAGGGAUGCGUACGAGGAUAAAAAUGCCGUACACAUCGUGAUGGAAUUGUGCGAGGGUGGUGAGUUGUUUGAUCGGAUUGUGGCCAGGGGACAUUACACAGAACGCGCUGCAGCUGCUAUUAUGCGGACAAUAGUUGAAGUUGUUCAGAUAUGCCACAUGCGUGGAGUUAUGCAUCGCGAUCUUAAACCAGAGAAUUUUCUUUUUGCCAAUAAGAAGGAAACCGCUGCUCUGAAGGCCAUUGAUUUUGGGCUGUCUGUGUUCUUUAAGCCGGGUGAGGUCUUCAAAGAGAUAGUCGGAAGUCCAUGGUAUAUGGCCCCAGAAGUUCUAAAGCGCAAUUAUGGUCCGGAGGUUGAUGUAUGGAGUGCUGGAGUUAUCUUGUACAUUUUGCUUUGUGGUGUUCCACCUUUUUGGGCAGAAACCGAACAAGGAGUAGCUCAAGCAAUUAUACGGUCGGUAAUUGAUUUUAAGAGAGAUCCAUGGCCUAAAGUUUCUGAAAACGCCAAAGAUCUCGUGAAGAAAAUGCUUAAUCCUGAUCCAAAGCGUAGACUUACAGCUCAACAAGUUCUCGAACACCCGUGGUUAUUGGACGCAAAGGCGGCUCCAAAUGUCUCAUUGGGCGAGGUUGUCAGGUCAAGGCUUAAACAGUUCUCAGUGAUGAACAAGUUCAAGAAACGAGCUUUGGGAGUGAUAGCCGAGCACUUGUCGGUCGAGGAAGUGGCUGAUAUAAAGGAGACAUUUGAGAUAAUGGAUACACGCAACAAGGGCAAGAUAAAUCUUGAAGAACUUCGAAUUGGUUUACACAAACUCGGCCAACAAAUAAAUGAUGCAGAUCUUCAAGUCUUGAUGGAACUCGUUGAUCUUGAUGGAGACGGUACCAUAAACUAUGGCGAGUUUGUGGCCGUCAAUGUGCAUCUUAAGAGAAUGGCAAAUGAUGAGCACCUACACAAAGCUUUUGCAUUCUUUGAUCAAAACCAAAAUGGUUUUAUAGAGUUCGAAGAUCUACGUCAUGCAUUGAGUGACGAAGCGAAUGCCGAGGGUAUUGAAGGAGUAAUCAACACGAUAAUGCUUGAUGUCGACACAGACAAGGAUGGGCGAAUCAGCUACGAGGAGUUUGCUGCUAUGAUGAAGGCUGGUACCGAUUGGAGGAAAGCAUCUAGACAGUAUUCACGAGAGCGUUUUAACAGUCUUAGUUCCAAGUUGAUGAAGGAUGGUUCGUUGCAGCUGCCUGCCAACGAAUGAAGAUGAGCAACUGGAAUCCCUUACAAGAAAUAUUUUCUGAAAAAGAAGGUAAUUAGAUGAAAGCGAAGUGGGACAGUGAUGUCUUUUUUUUUUCCUUUUAUCGUCUGAAUAACGAUGGGCAGCCAUUUUGUACGAAUGUGCUUUGUUGUAGAUAAAGGUAACAAGGGUCGGUUGCCUUGUUGAGGGUUUACCUUAGGACCCACUUGAAAAUCUCGACGUUGGAGGAUCGACGUCUCCUUCGCAAAUGUUUAGAUUUUGACAAUUGUUUGUCGAUUUUGGAGUUUUAGUUUUAGAUGUUCGUUUUAACGUGUUGAGGAUUGUAGAUUCAUUCUCUUUUACGAGUUCUAUAAGAAUUUUUUUUUACCUUA